AUGGAUGCACAGAAUGAUGUUAAUAGGGGAGAAUUCACGUGGAAAAUCAGCAACUUCUCCAAGCAAGAUGCGAGGAGGGUUUAUUCUGAAGUAUUCAGAGUUUCUGGUUGCAGAUGGAGAAUUCUGGUAUGCCCCAAGGGGAAUAGGAACAUCACGAACCAUUUGUCGCUGUACGUCGAUGUCCCUGACUCUUCCACGUUGCCGAACGGGUGGUCGAGAAAAGCCAAGUUCACCUUGAGUGUGAUCGAUCAAAUCAAUGAUGUUCGCUCUAUUAGAAUGGGAUUACAAUGCAAAGAGAGUGACUGGGGUUUCACAAGUUUCAUUCCGUUGACUGAGCUUCAUGAUCGUACUGGGGGAUACCUAGUAAAUGACACUUUGGUGAUUAAAGCUGAAGUUUGCCUCUUAGCAGUUACUCCUACUAAGCCAGUUAGACCAGCUGACUUUGACUCCUAUUUUACUGGUCUGAAGGAACUCAUUAAUGCUGAUGAGACUCACGGUGCUAGCGUAGGAUCAAGUUCGCGCUACCGAGAUGGUGCUUUGACAGCUGAAGUUCCUAGUUUAGAAGAAGUUGAGAAGGCUAAGCAGUCUUUGAAGGAGUGCCUUUCGGAUCUCUUUAAAUUGAAUAUGAAAGAGAGGCUAUCUGAGGCACUAUCAACUUUAAGUGUGGCCAGAACUGGAGUAUCGUCAGAGCAACAAAUAGCAAUUAAGACAUUUCGGGCAAAUUUCAAUGAUUUCACUUCCGAUUUCUUAACAUUUGAGCAGGACAAUGCUGAGUUUGAGCUGCAAAAUUUGCAAAAGGAUCAAUUGUUCUCUGCUAUGAAGAAAUGCCAUGGGACUCACCUCUUGUAUAAGCAGUUAAUGGAGGACCUAACCAAGGAAGACGAAGAGCUCAAGAGAAAGAUGGCAGAAGGUAAGUCUAAGAGGGACAAGCUCCUCUCAGACUGGGAGAUCUUGUGGGAUGAAUCCGAAGAAGUGAAGUCGGGCUAUGAAGAUAAGCAGAAGGAAGUAGCAGAGGCCGAGGAAAAGAAGAGAAUAGCUGAGGAACGAAUGUCUAGAUCAACCACUGCUUGGUCAAAUUUGAAGGCCCAAUUCUGUUAGAACUUUAAGGUUUCAAAUAGGCUAUGAGCAAUUGUUCACUCUAGUAUGGAAACUGUGUUUUAGCCUGAUUAUUUGUAGGCCAAUCUUCGGCAGAACAAUUGCUUGGUGUGGCUUAUAUGGUUGAUCCUAUAUCGUGUUAGUUUA